GUGUGAGAUACAAAGCCCUGCUACAUACUUAGCAAUACAUAAUAUCCACCGUUGGAUCAGAUCCCUAAUUAUCUAACGGUUUAGAAAGAAACCCUAGCCACAGUCGAAGGGCACUAAAGUUCUCCUUUAAAUUCUCAAACUUCGCUCAUUCAUCAUCCUCUGCUUUCUCUCGCUUCUCACAACCCAAGUCGGCGAGAGACUCUAAUUCUUCAUCUUCACUUCGAGGUACUUUUCAGCUUUUCAGAAUGGGAAAAGAAAAGGUUCAUAUCAACAUCGUGGUUAUUGGCCAUGUCGACUCAGGAAAGUCGACCACCACUGGUCAUUUGAUCUAUAAGCUUGGAGGUAUUGACAAGCGUGUGAUCGAGAGGUUCGAGAAGGAGGCUGCUGAGAUGAACAAAAGGUCAUUCAAGUACGCAUGGGUGUUGGACAAGCUUAAGGCUGAGCGUGAGCGUGGUAUUACCAUUGAUAUUGCCUUGUGGAAGUUUGAGACCACCAAGUACUACUGCACUGUCAUCGAUGCCCCAGGACAUCGUGACUUUAUCAAGAACAUGAUUACUGGUACCUCCCAGGCUGAUUGUGCUGUCCUCAUUAUUGACUCUACCACUGGAGGUUUUGAGGCUGGUAUUUCCAAGGAUGGACAGACUCGUGAGCAUGCUUUGCUUGCUUUCACUCUUGGUGUGAAGCAGAUGAUUUGCUGUUGUAACAAGAUGGAUGCCACCACCCCCAAGUACUCUAAGGCUAGGUACGAUGAAAUCGUCAAGGAGGUUUCUUCAUACUUGAAGAAGGUUGGAUACAACCCCGACAAAAUUGCCUUCGUCCCCAUCUCUGGUUUCGAGGGUGACAACAUGAUUGAGAGGUCUACCAACCUCGACUGGUACAAGGGACCAACUCUUCUUGAGGCUCUUGACAACAUCAACGAGCCCAAGAGGCCCACAGACAAGCCCCUCCGUCUACCCCUUCAGGAUGUUUACAAGAUUGGUGGUAUUGGAACUGUGCCAGUGGGACGUGUUGAGACUGGUGUCAUCAAGCCCGGUAUGGUUAUCACCUUCGGCCCAACUGGUCUGACUACUGAGGUCAAGUCCGUUGAGAUGCACCACGAGGCUCUUCUCGAGGCUCUUCCCGGUGACAAUGUCGGAUUCAACGUCAAGAAUGUUGCUGUCAAGGAUCUCAAGAGAGGUUUCGUCGCCUCAAACUCCAAGGAUGACCCUGCAAAGGAAGCUGCCAACUUCACAUCCCAAGUCAUCAUCAUGAACCACCCUGGUCAGAUCGGUAACGGUUACGCCCCAGUGCUGGAUUGCCACACCUCUCACAUUGCUGUUAAGUUCGCCGAACUUCAAACCAAGAUUGACAGGCGUUCAGGAAAGGAGCUCGAGAAGGAGCCCAAGUUUUUGAAGAACGGAGAUGCCGGUAUUAUUAAGAUGGUUCCCACCAAGCCCAUGGUUGUUGAGACUUUCUCCGAGUACCCACCACUCGGUCGUUUCGCCGUGAGGGACAUGCGUCAGACCGUGGCUGUCGGAGUCAUCAAGGCUGUGGAGAAGAAGGACCCAUCAGGUGCCAAGGUGACCAAGUCCGCCGCCAAGAAGAAGUGAAGUGUUACUGUUUAGGAAGGAGCUUUUUAUAGUUAGGCUAGUUUUGUUUCUGGUGUCUUUGCCUUUUUCGAUUUCGUUUUGCUUUAAUAUGCGGACAAUUAUAUGGGUUAGCAUUGCAAGUUUUACUAGCCUUGUUUUUCAAGGUUGGUUUAGCUUUUGAUGUCGACUUUUGUUUUCCUAUUAUUGUUUUUUUUUGUUUAAACUUUUGGGUUUUAAUAUCAUUGAGAAUUGAGUUGUCUAGUUGAUUGUCGAUGAACAACUACAUUUAAAUUUUAAAGUGUUAUAUUUUCUUUUA